AUGGUUGGGCUAGCUUCAGCUGCAGGACUGGUAGGGUUCCUCUCUGAGCCGGAUACCGAGCUUAAGGUGUUCGCUCUGAAGGCCCUUGACGCUCAGGUUGAUCUGCUAUGGACUGAGAUUGCCGGAUCUGUUGGACAGAUAGAAGCCCUAAGCGAAGAUGAAUCUUUCCCCGAACGCGAGCUUGCCUCUCUUGUUGCUGCCAAGGUAUACUACCAUCUACAAGAAUAUAGCGAGAGUAUGGUUUUUGCGUUAGGAGCCGGCAACCGAUUUGAUAUCGAGAAUGGCGGCGAGUUUGAAGAGACCAUCAUCUCAAAAUGCGUGGAUACAUUUAUUUCGACCUGUUCGAUGCUCAAGGCCUCCCAAAAUGCAGGACGAGGCGGUGCCCCCCAGUUAAACACCUCCUUCCCCCGAAAUGAGGGAGGCGUUUCAAGUACAUCCGCUGGCCUGAGUUCCCCUAUCACGCCUUUCUCGCAGUCCGCAUUACCUUCAAAGUCUCUCCUAUCGCGCCCUGAAUCGUCUGCAGAAACCAGUUAUCCAGUCGGUGAAGAUCGUGGCAGUGGUAGGGACGAAGUGCCCUUGGUACUUCAGCGCGGAAUUCAAAGGCAGUUACAAAAUGUCAUCAAGCGGCUCUUUGACCGGUGCUUCGAGCAACAAAGAUACCGUCAAGUCAUCGGUAUCGCUGUUGAGGCUAAGAAUCUUGACAUCAUCCGAGUAGCCAUUUUACGAGCCGCUCAUGAUGCCAAAGAACAGGGUGUCGAACCUUCAAAACGAGGGGAGGAGCUGAUGGAUUACGUUCUGGGCAUUUGCAUGAACGUAGUCCAGGAGCGAGGAUUUAGAAAUGAGAUUCUCAAACUUAUCCUUGAGCUCCUAAACGAGAUCCCUUCACCCGACUACUUCUCUAUUGCAAAAUGUGUUGUCUACUUGAACGAACACUCAAUGGCAUCAGAUAUCUUGCAAAAACUGGUUGAGAAGGGCGAUGCUAGAUCUUUGGCUGUAGCUUACCAGAUAUCCUUUGACCUUUACGACAAUAGCACCCAGGAGUUCUUGAAAAAGGUGCGCCAAGAACUUUCGGUUGCUAUCACCGAAUUUAAAGAGACGGAUUCUGCCAAAAAGAUGGAGCAGGAACCGAAGGAAUCUAAGGAAACCGAUAAACUGUUGAGCGAUGAUGACGAAGACGAUGAUGACGACGACGAUGAUGACGAGGAUGAAGAUGAAGCUCCUCCAGCAAGAAGGAAAUUCACUGACGAAGGACGGGCUUCGUUAAAGUCCAUUCGAAGUAUACUGGAUGGUGCUAACUCGAUCCAGCUCAAUCUUGAGUUCCUAUACCGAAACAACAAAGCAGAUAUUGCCAUCUUGGAUAAGAUCAAGGACAGCCUGGAGGCCCGAAACUCAAUAUUCCACACUGCAGUGACAUGCGCCAACGCUUUUAUGCAUGCUGGAACGACCCAUGACAAGUUUUUCCGCGACAACCUAGAUUGGUUAGGAAAGGCGGUCAAUUGGUCAAAGUUCACUGCUACUGCUGCUCUCGGUGUCAUUCAUCGAGGUAACCUUACCCAGGGGCAGAAGCUCCUUGCACCAUACCUUCCUAAGGAGUCUAUGGCAGGUGUGGGUAAUUCCGGGUCAGUUUAUAGCCAGGGCGGAUCUCUGUAUGCAUUUGGUUUAAUUUACGCCAACCAUGAAGGAUGGGCCGUGGACCAUAUCCGUGAACACUUUAACAAGGCUACUGAAGAAGUGGUGCAGCAUGGAGGUGCCCUUGGACUAGGUGUUGCAGCCAUGGGAACUGGAGAUGAAGGGAUCUAUUCAGAUUUGAAUAAGGUUCUCAAUGCUGAUUUGGCUCUGAACGGUGAGGCAGUUGGUCUUGCUAUGGGUCUUGUUAUGCUGGGAACUGGAAACAUGAAAGCACUCGAAGACAUGAUCCAAUAUGCUCACCUAACUCAACACGAGAAAAUUAUCCGUGGUCUCGCUAUGGGCAUGGCAUUAAUCAUGUACGGCCGCCAAGAAGCUGCAGAUGAACUGAUAAAUGGGCUUCUGGGUGACCCUGACCCUACGCUUCGAUAUGGUGGAAUCAUGGCAAUCGCACUGGCUUAUUGCGGAACUGGAAGUAAUAAGGCUGUCCGCAAGCUCCUGCACGUUGCUGUUAGUGAUGUUAGCGAUGACGUCCGCCGUGCUGCCGUCAUGAGCUUAGGAUUCAUUCUGUUCCGCAAGCACCAGAGUGUUCCACGGAUGGUUGAGCUUCUCUCUGAGUCCUAUAACCCCCAUGUCAGAUAUGGUGCGGCUAUGGCUCUCGGUAUCUCAUGCGCUGGAACCGGCUUAGAUGAGGCUAUUGAUCUUCUGGAGCCUAUGUUGAAGGACCCAACUGAUUUCGUCCGCCAGGGUGCAUUGAUUGCUCUCUCUAUGGUGCUUGUACAACAGAACGAGGCGAUGAAUCCUAAGGUCGGCACUAUUCGUACGGCAAUGCAAAAAGUAAUUGCAGACCGCCAUGAGGACGCCAUGGCCAAGUUUGGAUGUGCUCUCGCUCUUGGAAUUAUUGACGCUGGUGGCCGGAACUGCACUAUCAGCUUACAGACCCAGUCCGGAAACCUCAACAUGCCUGGAAUCGUGGGAAUGGCCGUUUUUACACAAUACUGGUACUGGUUCCCAUUGACCCAUUUCUUGUCUCUCAGCUUUACACCCACCGCUGUUAUCGGCGUUGAUCAGAAACUGGAGGUUCCGGAUUUCAAAUUCCACAGCAAUACUCGCCCAAGCCUGUUUGACUAUCCCGCAGAACAGCAGGUAAAGACCGACGAGGCCCCGGAGAAGAUUAAGACUGCAGUGCUGUCUACUACCGCACAGGCGAAACGACGAGCUCAAAAGAGAGAGAAACAACGAAGUGGAAGCAUCGAUAUUGAGCAAACGCCAAGUACUCCAAAGUCUGCAGCCCAGCAGCUUCCCGAGAAAAUGGACGUUGAUGAAGCCUCCAAGGCCGAAGAAGAGAAGGCCGGUAGUGAGAAGGAGACAGCUACUGUCGAACCAAAGCGGAAGCCAGAGAAGGAGAAGGUUGGCUAUGAGAUAUCCAACCUGUCGCGAGUCCUUCCCGCUCAAGUGAAAUAUAUAUCGUUCCCUGACCAGAGAUACGAGCCAGUCAAGAAGGCUACUGGCGGAGUUAUCAUUCUUCUCGACAAGAAGCCCUCCGAGCCACGCGAUAUUAUUGAAUUAAGUGCCAGCAAGGAGACGAAGCCUGCCGCCACGACUGCAGCCGGUGGUAACCAGCCCAGCACUAUCCAGAGUCGUCUUAACGCUGCCCUCCAGGGCGCUGCUCAGGCCGCCUCCGGUGCUGCCCCAACCACUCCUUCCCGUCCAGGCGCUAGUACAGGCGCCGCAGCCGCUGCAGGUGUCCUUACCGCCGUUGACGAGGACGAAGAAGGGGUUGAAGAAGCCCCGGUGCCGGACGACUUUACAUAUGAAUCCGAAGGGGAGGAUGAAGAAAUUUGA